ACAUGAAUGGUAGUGUACACAAAAACAUGUGCUCGAGACUGUGGCUCUUCACUCACUUUUAUAUAUUAAGAACAAAAGGAGGGAGGAUAGGCCGGCCUUUCAUUCUUAUAAAAGAAACAAACUUAAAGUACUUCAGUCUUUAGAAAAUAGUGAGAUAAUUAUUCUAGGAAUUGACUAAGCAUUAGCCUUAAGUUUAUAUUGAGGGUAGUUUUCACCAUGUCUCGUCUCAUUAUUAAGAAUCUUCCGCUGCAGAUUUCUGAAGAUGAUAUCAAAACACUGUUCAGCAAGAAAGGCAACAUCACAGAUGUAAAGCUGUUGUUUAAGAAUGGAAAGUUUCGACGGUUUGCCUUUGUAGGUUAUGAGAAGGAGGGAGAUGCAGUGGCAGCAUGUAAUUUCUUUAACAAUACCUUCAUAAAGCAAUCCAAAAUCAGUGUAGAACAUUUUCAGGAUUAUAAAAGUGCACAGAAGCCUGUUUCAUGGUCAGAAAGGAACAAACAGCAUAGAGAGAAGAAUAAAGCAGUGCUACAAGAUAAUGUCAGACAUGAUAAGAAGGAUUUAAAAAAGACAAAAAGAAACAAACAGGGAAAUAGUAAUGUAUCUCUGAAAGAUCAGCUGUUGGAGCAAUAUAAAGGUGAUCCUAAGUUUAGAGAGUUUCUAAAAGUUUUCGAAAAGGGAGCAAGUGAAGAUGUGCUUGAUACUUCAGAAAACACGGGCAAGGAAACUGUUGACGACAAAACAACAAGUGUAGAAGAACAGGGUGAGAAGGAAGAAAAAGAAAAGAAGUUAGCAAAUAAAAAAGAUGUUUCUGAUUUAGACUAUCUCAAAAGUCUCAUGAAAACUAAUCCAGAUAGCAGUGGUGAAGUUGAAGGCACAAAGAGUAUAAAAGAAAAGAAAUCGAAGGACCUGCAUACAGUUGUUAUUAGAUCUAAAGAAAUGUGCAAGUUCAAGCAAAAUAAGAACCGAACAUUUAAUAAGAAAAGUCUUAAGACCUUCCUAAAACCACUAAAGUUCAGAAGCCUCAGAAUCCCAAAAAACAUUGGAUUUGUAGCCUAUGUUGGCUUUCGCACUGAGAAAGAAAUGAGACAAGCCUUGAUGAAAGACAGAAGUUUCUUAGAUGGUGCUCGAGUGCAUAUCACAAAGUAUGAGAAGCCUGGAAAGGUGGAUGAUCAGUCAUGCAGUACUGCUCCCUGGAGUGCUGCUGAAGAGAGGGUGAAGAAUGCAGAGCCAGUAGCUGAAACAGGAAUGAUCUUUGUUCGCAACCUUUGGUACUCUGUUACUGAAGAUGACCUACGCGAUGUUUUUCAAAAAUAUGGAGAAAUUUCAGAUAUCAGCCUUCCCAUCUGUAAGUUUACUCGCCGUCCUAAAGGAUUUGCCAAAGUGACAUUUGUAUUUCCCGAGCAUGCUGCCCGAGCUAUGACUGAGCUGGAUGCAACAGUUUUCAAAGGGAGAUUGUUACAUAUUCUUCCAGGACUCUCAAAUGAAGAGAGUGAAAAAAAUAAAGAAGGUUUAAGCUUUAAGGAAAAUAAAGCUAAGGAGAAGAAAGUAAGAGCUGGAUCCUGGCACAACUGGAACACACUCUUCAUGGGGAGUUCUGCUGUUGUGGAUCUUAUGGCUGACAAGUAUAACAAAUCUAAACAAGAAAUUCUGCACUCUGAAGGCAAGCAGAGUGUAGCAGUCAAUCUUGCUCUUGGUGAAGCUCAAAUUGUUGCUGAAACAAAGAGGUUCCUAGAGGAUAAUGGAAUAUGCUUGGAGGCAUUUUCAAAUCCAGAUGUGCAGCGAUCUAGCACAAUCAUUUUAGUGAAGAAUCUGCCAGCUAAAACUACUGCCAAAGAAUUAUUAGAAAUUUUUGGGCGAUAUGGAGAGCUUGGGCGCGUAGUUGUACCUCCCUCUGGUGUAUCAGGUGUUAUCGAGUUUCUAGAUCCAGGUGAAGCAAAGAAAGCAUUCUAUAGUUUGGCUUACUCAAAAUUCAAGUAUUCUCCCUUGUAUCUGGAAUGGGCUCCAAUACAAGUUUUUAAGACAGAAUUCUCACCUCAGCCACAAAAGGAAAACAAUCAGUCUUUAGAAACUGAUAAGGAAGAGGAGGAAGGAGAAAAAGAGGAAGAAAAUCUGGACACACUGCCCAACCCUGAACCAGACACAACAAUUUAUGUAAAGAACCUCAACUUUGCUACUACAGAGGAAGUCCUGAAAGAGCAUUUCCAGAGAAUUGGAGCAGUUCACUCCGUGUUAAUAGUCAAGCGGCGUGGCCUUUCUCAAGGUUAUGGAUUUGUUCAGUUCCUAAGAAGAUCAGAUGCACAAAAAGCUCUCAGGGAAAUGAAUAACUCAACGCUUGAAGAACACACAUUGCAAGUUAAACUCUCAGAAAAGAUACUAACAAGUGAAUUAAAGAGUGCUAGGAGAAUGCACAAGACAGGCGCACAGACAUCUUCCAAAAUAAUGGUGAGGAAUAUACCAUUCCAAGCAACCUGGAAGGAAGUGAGGCAGUUAUUUAUGACAUUUGGCGAGCUAAAAGCCGUCCGUUUGCCUAGUAAACCUGGUAGCUCGGAGCAUCGCGGCUUUGGUUUCGUCGAGUAUGUUUCCAAAGAAGACGCCAAGAAUGCCUUUCAAGCCCUGAAGUUAAGUACCCACUUGUAUGACCGCCGCUUGGUGCUAGAGUGGGCUAAUGAAGACGAUACAGUCGAGGAAUUGCGGAGAAAGACGGCAGAACACUUUAUUGCUGGAGAUCCUCCUAAGAAGAAGACAAGAAUUGAGCUGGAUGCAAAGAUGAAAGAUAGUGAUGAUGAAGCCUAGCUUGGCACAGUGCUAUGUUAACACACUUUAUUGUGUUUGUGGGGGUCAAGUCAUAGCUCCUGGCUCUGCCUCUCACUGGUCGCUACACAGUCGCUCCCUGCUUCAUGAGCUUUAUCGUACCUCUUCAUAAAGUUUGCAUGGAUCUUACCUCCACCUCCCUUUCCAGACUAUUCCACUUUAUGACUGAAGAAAUACUUCCUAAUAUCCCCAUGACUCAUCAGUCUUCAACUUCAAGUUGUGUCUCCUUGUUGAUUCCUCUCGGUAUUUUAUAUGUUAUCAUGUCCCUCCAGUAUAAGGUAGAUUUCCCUUAACAUCUCCUCGUAGGACUUGCCCCCCUUAACACUACUAAGUGUUAACAUGGCACUGUAGUAUAACAGUACCACGUUAAUAUGGUAGUGACGCCUCAUGUUUCAAGGUACCUUCAUAAACAAGUCGACAUUGUGUGUCUAUUGUAUAUUUUCACUUGUUAAAUAUUGUAACAGUGCACAGAAAAUUUAGUUAAAAUAUAUCUUGUAUAUUUUUUUCUUAUUAAACAUUUGAGAUUUUA